GGGAAUUCACAGACGUGUGGGAGGGGACCAGUUUUCCCAGAGGCAGGAGUGGCGUCCAUAGUUUCCGUUCCAAGCAACGGUGACGACAGGUUAGCGUUUAAGAUGGCAGGGACGGCACGCCACGACAGAGAGAUGGCGAUCCAGGCCAAGAAAAAGCUCACCACCACCACUGACCCGGUUGAAAGACUCCGACUGCAGUGCCUGGCCAGAGGCUCUGCAGGCAUCAAAGGACUUGGCAGGGUGUUUCGAAUUAUGGAUGACAACAACAACAGAACUCUUGAUUUCAAGGAAUUUCUGAAAGGGUUAAAUGAUUAUGCAGUGGUUAUGGAAAAGGAAGAGGCAGAGGAGCUUUUCCGCAGGUUUGAUAAAGAUGGAAAUGGGACCAUAGACUUCAAUGAAUUUCUUCUCACGUUAAGACCUCCAAUGUCUAGAGCCAGAAAAGAGGUAAUUAUGCGAGCUUUCAGAAAGUUAGACAAGACUGGAGAUGGUGUUAUAACAAUUGAAGACCUGCGUGGAGUAUAUAAUGCAAAACACCAUCCAAAGUACCAAAAUGGAGAAUGGACAGAAGAGCAAGUCUUCAGGAAAUUUCUGGAUAAUUUUGAUUCACCUUAUGACAAAGAUGGACUGGUUUCUGAAGAAGACUUUUUGAAUUAUUAUGCAGGUGUUAGUGCUUCCAUUGACACUGAUGCCUAUUUCGUUUUGAUGAUGACAAAAACCUGGAGAUUAUGACUUUCUUCUAAUAAUUUUUUUGUAAACCUGGAACUUUCAGAGAGGAGAAUGAGUUUAAAGGAAGUCCAAGAUUAUGGAUUUUGAUAAGGUGCAAACUCAGGUGUCUGUCUGGGGAUGUUGCUCAGUGCCACAGUGACUGCAUGGCAAGUGUGAGGCCCUGAGUUAGAUGCCUGGUACCAAACUUAAGUCUCUGAAAGAUCUGGAAUUCAAAAACAGUAGAUCUUCAGUAAUCUAACUUAGUUACCUGGAAUAUGUUCAUUUUCAUAAAAGUCUCAGAAUAUGAUUUUAAGUUCUAAGGAAAAGAAAGAAGGUAGUGAAGGUGGAAGGAAAGAGGAAAAGAGAAAGAAGAAAGGAAGAAGAAAGGAAACCAUUAACUGAGAUUGGAAAAUGGUUCUUAGAUAAAAAUAUUUUACUUGUUUUGGGUGAUCCUUUUGUAGAUGUAAAUGUAAAUGGUUCCCCGUGGUUCUACUUUGUUUAUUGUACUGAGACUCUGUAGAAGAAAGUGAAAAUAGAAGGAUUGGAGGCACAUCUAACUAUGUAAAAUUUGCAGAGCUUACUUAUUUUAAUCUUUUUCUUGGUGAAUACAAAUAAAAGAAAAUUUACUUUAUUCUGAAA